ACCAAACUCAGCGUGAGGGAGUUCGCCUCGCACAGACCCGCCUCCUCUUUUUCCCCUCUCCUCCUCACUCUUGAGCCACCUUUUCGUCUGAAACGUCGCCGCUGAUGAGGGAUGCUGCCGCUCCACUUCUGAGCGUCCGCUCCACACAGCCGGUGCCGGCGCAGCAGGAGCAGACCCCCCCCCCCCCUCCUCCUCCUCCUCCUGCACGGUUCUCCUCCCCCGCUGCUGUGUCAAAAGAUUAACAGACCCCCACACUGCGGGGAGGCGACAGACUCGCAGAUUCAGAUCCAGAUCGAGCCUCUGCACUGGGAAGAAAAGGAGCACAGAACCGAGUCGAGUCGGGAAGGAGACAUCUGCGCUAACAGCGAGGUGGAGGGGGGGGGGGGAAUCUUUAACUAUGAGCCGAGUUUUUGUUUUUAAUUCAACAGCCUCUUGGUGCUUCUCGGUGAAGCUUCUCCCGGAGCCCGAGCGCGACCAAACACCCGGACAGUGACACUUUUAUCGGCUCAUCAUCGACGUUGGAGGAGGAGGUGGAGGAGGAGGAGGAGGAGGGGGGACUUUAUUGGCCACCCGACUGCCGCUUCUAAAUCAAGCCAGGACGAUUGAGCCCAAGUGCAAUACGAAUGGUUUGGGCAUGGUACCCACGCCCCAGGUGUGCGUAUCAACCCUGGUCACGGUGAGCACGAUGGCGGUGGUGGACCUCUACCUGCUGGAGCAGAGCAUGCUGGGAGCACGCGGCGUGUCGGGACCCAGCAUGUGGCAGUACGGGGCGGUGCUGCUCGGCGACGUCUGCUUCCUUCUUGCCCUGCGCUUCGUCUCGGCCGGCGUGAUCUCCGAGGCGCAGUCUUCGCGUCGGGGCUUCGCCAACGCCCUCUGGUUCCUGUUUCUGUCCCUGCUGCAGCUGAAGCUCUUCUUCGUCUGCCACAACUACAGGCAGGAGCGGCGGCCGCCGGACCCGCUGGCCAGGAAGACCCUCACGCUGCUGCUGUCCAUCUGCCUGCCCUCCCUGUUUCUUAUCCUGACAGGCGCUGAUCACAUGACCCCACAGCGCAGGAAGCAGGAGGUGCGGAGCCGGCUCCUCUGGGUUGUUGUGGACCUCCUGGAUGUCCUGGACCUGCAAGCGGGGCUCUGGGAAGCCCAGGGUGGGUCUGGAGGGAUCGUCGAGCAGAGGCUGCCAAUCUGGGCAGAGGGUCUGGUCUUCUUCUACUGCUAUGCGCUCUUGCUGCUGCUGCCCUGUGUGGCCCUAACAGAGCUGGGGGCCACCGGCCUGCCGGGACAGAGAGGGCCCCGCAGGGAGGCUCUGUACCCCUGGCUCAGCUUGGUCACCAUUAACAUCUUUACCCUGGCUCUCCGGGGAACAGGCAUGCUGUGGUACAGAGACUCGCGCGUGUCGACUGUGUUUCUGGGGAAAAACCUGCUGGCUUUGGCCUUGAAGCUGAGCUCAGCCUGGGAGAGACACAAGCAGGAGCGCGGAGCUGCAGGAGCUGGGACUGUAGCUGGAGCAGAACCAGAAGCCUCCACCAUGCCAAGCCAGAACUUGGAGCAGGACGAGGGCCAGGCCCAGGGGAAAGCUCCUCCUGCUCAUUUUCACACUCUAACUCGCUCCCAAAGCCACACUCUGUCCCAGGUCAGCCUGGAGCCCACGACAACACCCCUGGGACCCUCCUUUAUCUCCCACGAACUGUAGACAAUCACUCCCCACAUGCAUGCAUGCAAAUACUGUAUGUGCGCACACACAGACUUUAAAAAUUCAAGCAGACUGAGCCAGUAUCACCUCCCAGCAGAAAACAGCGGCGGGCAGAACGUGGAGCUGUGGAAAUGCAUUUGGCACGCUCGUCUGUUCGUGCAUUACAUCGCGCUGGGAGCAACUUGAAAUGCAUUGUUGUGAUUUGUGGGAGUGCAUUUUUAGAGUCAACACUGUGAGCAGCACUGCCAGACUGUAAAGUGUAUUGUAGAGAUGUUGAAGCCUAGUGAGUAUUCUCUGUUGUAUAAUGGAGGCUUAACUGCCUUACCUCUCUCAGUUUGUUGUUGUUUGAAAUCUUCUUCCUUCUGACAAAUAUAUUUUUAGACUUAUUUCUACUUCUUGUUAAAUAUCCAUAAAUAUCCAAGUUCAAUUUUUAUGGUUCUUUGGAGAAACUGGAUCAUUAGAUGCCAAAAUCUGAGCUGUGACCUUUCGGUACGCGUCUUUUUUUUAAAAUCAUUUCACGUUAGAAAAAUACAGCGAGGCGACGGUUCCUUUUCCUGUUCCUUCGGUACCAAAGAGCCAAGACUGAACAUCUCCCACUGUUCCCUUCUACACUGUGGUUGAAUGUUUUAAUGUAAAGUUUAACCUGAUGAUCUCACCCCAGGUAAUGUUUUGCUUUGUAGCUUAUUUACAGCCUCGAAAAACUUGGAUUAUGCAUUUUUUGUGUGAUUAAAAAAUAGAAAAGGUUAGUCGGAAAAAAAAAAAGAAUGUACAGCGGGGAAAUUAAGUUUGGAACAUGUUAAUGAAUGUAUUGCUAAUGGGCCAGUGAAAUUUACGCCAGACGUCCGUAACAACCCAAAGACUGGACAGAAAUCAAAACUAUCAAGUCCAUAAAUUAAGCUAUUUAUAAUAAACUGGAAAGGCACAGGAAAUAAGUUUAACAUACAUGAAGAAAAGAGGUACAAAAGGCACAGAAAGCCUUGAAAGAAACCACCUUAAAUCUGUAAACAUCUUGAAAUCGAAUCCUACUUCCUUCUUUCCAAUCAGUGCAAAUUAAAAUCGAGUUCAGUCCUAAUUGAAGGCCUAUGAAGAGGUUUCUCAUUACCAAAGUAUUGCACAGCAAAGAGCUCUUUUAAAAGCUUAUUAUUGUAAAAAUACUGGUGACUUUGGAUAGACAUAUUUCUAACCUUCUGAAUGUCACAGUUAGCACUAUUGGGCUCAUAAUCUGGAAUUGGAAAGAACACAAUUUCAUCACACAACGAUAAUGACCAAAUGCUGCUGCAAGAUUUGAGAAGGCAAAAAAAUAAUCAGAAGAGUUGUCCACAUGUUUGCAUUUCCACAAUAAGAAAUGGACUCAACUGGCAUGACCUGCAUACAUAUUCACAGCACAAAACUCCACUUCUGAAGAAAGAAGCUUCAGCUUAAAUAUACUUAAGCUUCAAUCCGUAUUGCUGCUGAACAUUUGCACAAGCCAAUGGUGUACUGAGAGAAAACAAUCAGAUCUAAACACUAAUGCCUAUCAUGCCAAAAACACAGUACCGACACAAAGGUUUGAACGUGGGAACACCAUGAUGUGUAGCUAUUUUUUAGCAUAUUUCAAUGGCAGACCUACUUUAUAAGUGAAGGAAGGACGAAUGGAGAAAUGCAUCCCUAUAUCAUAAGAAUCAGAAGAUGAAACAAUAAAUUUUUAGUGAGACGAUUACUCUAAACAGACAGCCAAAGAACCUCCAAACCAUAAAAGAAAUUAAGCUGCGAGUAUAGCCAGGUUAUAAAGCUAAAGAAAGGACUGAAGACCACAGUUCACGGCUAAGAAACUGAAAGAUUUGAAGAGAAUUACGGUGGAACAAUAAGCUCACCACCAUAAAUGAGCAAUGGAUGGGACUAGUUUCUCCGUCCAGAAAGUGUCUUGAAGCUGUCGUUACAAAAAGUACUGAAUAAGCUUCAACAAGUAAGCUAAAUACCUUUUCCAAGUGUUUUUCCACAAAUGUCUUAAUUUAUGGACUGAUGUGUGUUGAUUACUAUCCAUGUGUCGAUUUACUGAGCUGGUUGAUAACAUAUCAGGCGUGAAUUUCAUGUCAACAGGACUAUUACAAACAUAAUUACAGAGAAAAACAUUGAUGUGUUAUUUUCUCUAAAAACUGCUGCUUCUUCUCUAGAUCAUUAAGAGGCUCGGGAAUCUGGUCAGGAGGGCUCCCUUUGAAGAUUUUAUGAAUUUAUCCCCCUGGAGGAAGACCCCAGGGCUGACCCAGACCUCACCGGAGGGACCACAUUUCCCUUCUGGCCUGGGAACGUCUUAGAACCCCUUAUGGGCUUCUUACAUCCACAACCAGAUAUCAGAGACGUAGAAGGCAUUGGCUGGACGGAAGUAAAGACAUUUUUUUAAAAUAAUUAUGGGUUGUUUUGGGGUAUCUUAUGACUUAUUGGACGCAACUGUGCUGAUGACAAAGAGAUUCUAUCUUAAGAUGACUUCAUGGUUUGCUAUUUCCUUGUAUAAUUAUGGCCAAUGGUGCUUCUUCAGAUCACUUCAAAAAUAUUUCUUGCAAUUUAUUU